CGGCGUGUGUUGAGCUGUCCUAGCAGACUUAUGUGCCUCACCAGAAAUUCUUCUCAAAUACAAACAAGAGAGGAAUAAACUCACACAACAGGUCGGCUGUAAAAGCAGCAGCCUCUGUUCUCCAAAAUGAGUGACGACACAGACACCCCUCCUGAGAGGGAAAUGAAGGACUUUCAGUUUCGUCAGAUGAAGAAGGCGCGAGUCUUUGACACUCCUGAUGAUUUUCCAAAAGAAAGAACCAGUCUGCUGACCAUCUCAAACAAAUUUGGUUUAACUUUUGUCGGGCUCGACAGAACAUUCAAAGUUUACCAAACCCAAGAUAUUCUGGCUGCUGAUAAAAUUGACGGCAACGCCAAUGAUAUAGUCGAAGGGAUGGCAGCAUUGGCGGAGGUCACUGUGGAACUGGCCCUGCACCACUUGGCUCUCAGCUGUGAUGAACUUACUUUGUCAGUAUGUGGCAUGUCUGAGGAGACGGGCUUGUCCAUCACAUUCUACGAUGUCCGCACCUUCAUGAACAAGGCAAGACCUCAGAAGUUACCUUUUGGAUCACUGCUACCAGCAGUACCCCCCGGCACUUUGGUGCAGGACCUGAAGUGGAAUCCUGUACAGGCAUCCAUAUUGGCCGUCUGUCUGUCUGACGGCCAGAUGAUGAUUUUGGAAGUUACUGACAAUGUCAAAGUGCAGGCCGGUCUACCUGCUUCAACUGGCGUCACAUGCAUUUGCUGGAGUCCAAAAGGAAAACAAGUCGCUGCAGGAAAAAUGAAUUCCACAGUCUCUCAGUAUACACCAGGACUGGAAGAAAAGAAAGUUAUCCUAUGUCCAAACUUCUACACCGCUGACGAACCUGUCAAAGUUCUGGAUGUGCUGUGGCUGAGAACCUUUGUGUUUGCAGUGGUAUAUGCUGCUGCAGAUGGGUCCCUUGAGACCCCUCCUGAACUAGUGUUGAUCACCAUCCCUAAGAAGGACGAGAAGGUGGAGACAAAGUAUCUGAAUUUCAGUGAAGUAGUGUUUGGCAGCUGCACUGAGCGACAACACCACUACUUCCUCAGCCAUAUAGAGGACUGGGACCUCAUGUUUGCGGCAUCAGCAGCUGCCAUUGAAGUCAGCGUCAUAGCUGCCAGACAAGAGGACAAGAUCUGGGAACUUUGGGUCCUGGAGGAUGCGAGUAGGGCUGAGCUUCCAGUCACCGACACAAAUGAAGACACUCUGCCUCUUGGCUUAGCCAUAGACUUUACCAGUCGGCAGGAGAUCCAUAUCACUGAUGAGAAGACCUUGCCCCCAGCGCCGGUUAUGCUGAUGCUGUCCACGGAGGGAUUACUCUGUCCGUUUGCUUUGCUCAACCUCAACCCUGGGGUGAAGCAGCUGGUCUCAGCCCCCGCUGUCCUCGCCUUGGAGGGGGAGAGACCACCCAAACCAAUGGAAGAAUGCAAGCGGAGAUGGAAACAACUGCAGGACAGUUUUGUGAAAAACAAAAACAAGACUGUACCGAGUGGGUCCGCUGGUGGCAGUCAAAAGGACUGGAAAUACAGCAAUAAUAUGUCUUUCUUACUGCCACACUUGCAGCCCAGAAGCUCUAAAAGUACUCUCCGGCCUAUAGAUCUGUGCGAAGACACACCCGCAGAGCUCAUGUGUGAGGAAGAUGACUUGACAGCUGGACCAUCUGGACUGCCUUCAAGGCCUGGCACACCAGCCACUCCCACACUGAGGUCCACAUCCUCUUCUCCACAUCCCACAGAUGUAGGACUGAGGUCUACCCAUCAGCUCUCAGAAUUACCAAGGUCUGCCACCCCCCCAACACACCCUAGAAUGCAGGCCUUGUCAUCGGGGGCUGAAACUCAUACCACACAACCUGGCAGAAAGAAAAGGAAGGGAUCCACAACUGCAGGGCCUUUAGAGCCAGACCUGCUAGAUAUUCUGACAACAGAAGAAACCCCUGUACCACUACAUGUCCCAAAAGAUGAGGAGGAAAUGUACUUUUUCGCCCUCAGCCUUGUCCCCAGGUUGAACCGACUGCCCCGUAGCACUCAGGCACGUGCACAAAUCCACAUCCUACAGUACCUUACAGACUUGGAAAAAGAGGAACAAGAUAAGCUCACCCAAGCUUCUCCAUCGGUCACCAGACCAACCCCACUACAUUGGCAGCAGACAACACAGCCACAAAGCUCAGGUUUUCAGGGGUACUCAUCAACUUCGAAUUAUCAGCAAGGUCACACCCCACCCCUGAUACAUACCAAGGACCUGCACAACCCCCGUCACAGUAUCAACAAGGUCCACCCCGACAACAUAUCAACAAGCUGCACAACCCCCAGUGUCCCACCACCAGCAGGGACAAUACCAUGCAAUGCAAACACAGAGCCAACAUGGGGGUGUGAAGAGGUCUGGGUCAAUGCUGGAAGAGCUGGAAGAGGUUCUUUGGCAACCCAGCCACCCAAAAUCGCUGCCUCCAUCCCAUCUGCCCCAGCAGCAUUCCCAAACCUCAGUCUCACUUCAGCAGCUGCUUCCACUCCUCCAGCCCCUGCUGCCUCUUCAGCCGCUGCCCCAUUCAGCAUUGUCCCCGCAGCCCCUGUGUCGGCAGCAGUGUCAUCAUCAGGCUUCAGCUUCUCGGUCCCAACUACAUGCGCCACCGCUGCCCCUUCAGCUUUCUCCCUGGGCGCACCCAUAUCUUUUGGCUCAACAUCCUCAAGCUUCUCGUUUGGUUCCAAACCUCCCUCUGACACACCCUCAGCACCUUCAGCGUUUUCUUUCACGCCUUCCAUUAAACCAUCAGCAGUGGCAGCUCCAGCUCUGACACCUCAGAACAUCGCUACUGCCUCCCCACCAACAGUGAAACUCAAUCUAAAUGAGAGGUUUUCAGCAGUGGAGACCCCUGCUCCAUCCCCACAGUCUGUCUCCUUUAGUGCCUCGCUGCCCAAAACAGUUGUCUCCAAUUCCAGUAGUUUCACUGCACCUCCACUUUCAGUCACUAAGCCACCACCUGUAUUGGCCCCAGUGCGUCCAGUUCAAACCAGCACACCGCCCACAGUUGUCCAGAAACCUGCUCCUGCUGCCCAGAGCCAUGUCCAAACUCCACAGGCAGCUGUUAGCGUGAAGGCCCUGGAGAAGCAGCUACAGCAGAAGAAAGACACUGAUCCCAUCAUGGCUGGUAUAUUGGAGGAGAUCGCACACUUCCAGAAGGAGUUAGAUGACCUGAAGGCACGAAGUGCAAAAGCUGACUUCAAGGUUGGCACCAAUGAGGAGAUGAAGGAGCUGAGGAAGGAGUCAGAGGACCUCCAUAUUUUCACCCUGGAGAUCAAGGAAACUACAGAGUCUCUCCAUGGGGACAUUGGUACACUGAAGACCACCUUACUGGAGGGCUUUGCUGGAGCAGAGGAAGCCAAGGCCCAGAGUGAGCUGAGCAGAGACAGAAAUUACAGACAGCUGCUGUACAAAAAACCCCUGGACCCCCGCAGCGAGGAACAGCUCAAGGAGAUUCGCAGGCUGUACCAGUACGUUAUGUUUGCUGUGGAGGACGUCAAUGACGUGCUGGAUGUGGAAUGGGAGAAGCACCUGGAGAAGAAGAAAAAGCAGAAACACAUGGUCGUGCCAGAGCGUGAGGGUCUGUUCACUACACUGGCCAACAACUUGUACAUUAUCAACCAGCAGAAGAACCGAUUGGACCAGUUGAUUAAGCAACUCACUUCCCUGCGCCUCUACAACAAGACGACCGCUCCAACUAUAAGCUGCAGUCCUGCUACAUCAACAACUGCUGGUUUGGAAGGUGAGCUUGAAAGUUUAAGGGAUGCACUCCUGAAAGCCAGGCUGGACACCAGCCCUCCUAAGACCAAAGCCAAAUCUCCAGUGAAGAUAUCACCAGUGAAACAGUCCCAGCUGCGUAACUUCCUCUCAAAGGGACAGAUGCCCCCGGUCCGCUCAACUGCACCAGCCAACCUGUCUCGCUCAGCCUUCCUUUCACCCAAAUACUACGAGGACUUGGAUGAUGUAAGCUCUACGUCCUCCCUGUCCCAGUCCCUGGAGCCUCACCCAGCUGACUUGGAGCUGGAGGAGGAGGAACUACAGCCAGAACCCCUUCCCCUUACUGUCAUUCCUCCAGCACUGUCCACCCCCCGCCACCCCACAGUUGUAAGGACCCCGUCUAUCCAGCCAGGCUUCGGUGCCAUCCAGUCCACCCCUUUAACAAAAAUUCACUCAGUGCCAGGAAUGGGCUUUGGACUCAGCCCUAUUGCCAGCCCUGUUCCAACCAAUAAGAUCAACCUCAGUGGGGCUGAGAGUACCGCUCUUGCUACAAAGACAGUAAAACAUGGAGCCCCACCAACUGAGAGGAGCAUCCCUGUCACCAUCCCUGCCCAACAGGCUGCAGCCACUGCAGCUCUGCGCAGGCAGAUGGCUAAUCAGAAGACAGUUGUCGUCAGUGCUUCUUUAACGGAGUCCACUUUGAAGACUGUUCCUCAGGUGGUCAAUGUCCAGGAGCUCAAGGACAAAGGGCCUCCUAUGCCGAUUGCCAAUAUCAUGAGCUCAUCAGUACCAGAUCCAGCAGCUCCCAUCUUCGCAGCAGUUUCUUCCAACCAGGCUAAACGAAAUCCUGCCCAAGGUAUCCAGAAGAUGUCCAGUGAAAGUACACCCGUCCCACAGACAAGCUUCGUGUUUGGUCAAUCCGCCAAAACAGAUGUUGCAGCAGUUCCUGUGAGCUCAGUAGAGCAAAGCGCCAGCAAAGGUUUCUCCUUUGUAUCAGGGUCCACAGGCUUCAGUUUUGCAUCUGUCACACAGGGAGCUGGAAUCUCACAAGUGAAGGAUGUGAGUAAAUUCGCCUUUGGUGGAAAUGGCAAGAUGAUGUUUGGCCAGACCGGAGAGGAGCCAUUCUCCCUCACCCCACAGUCUACCUCCCCUGCUCUUGGCACUGCGUCUCCCACCCUGCCUUCAAACACAGCAGGAGAGAAACCAGCCCCUACCACAGCUCCCCUCAGGAUAGAGCCACAGCCCAUCAAGACAAUAGGAGGAGAGACUCUGGGCGGUUUCUCUGGGCUCCGUGUGGGCCAUGGAGAAGAAGCUAAAGAUUCAUCCAGCAGCAAACCCACUGCUGGCUCACUUACCUUUGGGGAAAUGGGACUCAGUAUAGGCAAGGGAGCAGUACAGUUUAGCUUUGGUGCAGGUCUCCAAAAGUCUACAGAAGAUUCUGCAGGAGCAGACUUGUCCAAAGGAGCAGGGUCAGGCAGUUUGUUCAAGCCUCCAGAACCGAACCCCAAGCCGGCCUUCUCUGUCCCCCAGUCCAGCUCAGCUGCCUCAGCUUUACCUACGUCCUUUAGCAGUCUUCUUGCAGCUCCUGCAGACUCCACAGAGGAACCAAAAGUUUCCCCAGAACCUUCAGAACCCACACCACCCCCUGAGAAAGAACCUGUAUCUGUACCAGAUGCUGAGAGCACCAAUCCCCUUGUAGUUCCUGAGCCCGCAGCGGAUGCAGGCGUCACAGAAACCACAGCAACCACAGUAACAGCACCAACACCACCCUUGGCCACAACUGCCCCUACCCCAGAACCUCCCCCCUACAUCUCCCCACCAACUGAAGCCACCUCUCCAACACCAGACAGUGCGGCCCCCACAGUAGAAGCAACCCCAGACAGUAGCACCACCACUGCAUCUGCGCCUACAUCAGCUGCUGCCACCCCUGCUGUAGCACCUGUCUCCCAGGUAGCUCCAACAGCCUUCCAGGUGCCCAGUUCUGACAAACCAGGUUCCAUUUUCACUCAGCCUUCCCCUGCUACAACAGACAGCAGUUCUCUUGGAGUAACACCAGUUAUCAGUACAGCCGCUGCUGCAACCACGACUCCCACCCCUGCUGUUGUUAACAGUACAACAACUACGGCUGCUAACGCUGUGUUUGGGCAACCUGCAGCACCUCCAGCUUCCACAUCCCCUGCAACCCCCUCCGAGCCGUCAGCCCCUUCAGCGCCUUCAGCUACUUCAGCGCCUUCUGCCCCCUCAGCCCCUUCAGCCCCAGCUUCCACAGGAUUUGGCUCAACCGCAUUUGGUACAUCAGCUGGAACUGGUUUCGGCAAAUCUGUGUUUGGCCAGGUGAGCGGCUUUGGCCAGCCUGCCAGCAACACCUCAACAGCCAGCGGCUUUUCUUUUGGCCAGUCAGCUUUUGGUGCAAGUUCCAACAGCGCGACUACUGGAGGAGGUCUCUUUGGUGCCGCUACUGCUACCAACGCUAGUUCCUUCUCCUUUGGCACGAGCAGCGCCAACACAGCCAGCAGCACUGGCUCCGGGCUGUUUGGACAAACCACAGCACCAGCAUUUGGCCAGAGCUCUGGGUUUGGACAAGGGUCUGUGUUUGGCAGCAACACCACCACAUCCUCAUCGGCAGGAUUCAGCUUUGGACAGCCUGCAGGUUUUGGCUGCUCUUCUGCCACCCCUGUGUUUGGCCAACAAGCUAGCAGUGGGAGUGUAUUUGGACAGCAGCAGCCAUCAUCAGGUGGGACUCUGUUUGGUACAAAUGCAGCCAGCACAGCGGGCUCAGCUGCUGGUGGAGGGUUCUUCUCUGGCCUCGGAGGCAAACCAAGCGAAGAUGCCGCCAACAAGAACCCGUUCGGCACCACUGCCACCACAGGAGGGUUUGGGCAGCCUGCUCAGACAGGUGCCACCAGUCUUUUUGGGAACAGUGGUGCCAAGACCUUUGGCUUUGGACAGUCCUCCUUUGGUGAGCAGAAACCCAGUGGGACCUUCAGUGCUGGUGCAGGGACUGUUGCAUCCCAAGGAUUUGGCUCCUUCUCAACUCCAACAAAAGCAGGUGAUCAGCUCUAUGGCGCUGUGUUUUUAUCCAUUUUGUCUCAUCAGCCCCACUCAGUAUCUGAUAUAUAUUUUAAUGUAGUCGUUUACUACAUCACAUCGUCUGUGUCUGCUUCUUUUUUCAGGUUUGCCUCACCUCCCAGCGGCCCAUCCUUUGGUGCCCUAGCCACUCAGAGCGCGACGCCGUCAUUCGGGAGCCUGGCCCAGCAGAGCACCGGGUUUGGACAGCAGCCCAGCAGCUUCUCAGGCUUUGGACAACAGCCACAGGCGGGAGGGUUCUCUGGAAACACCUUUGGCUCUACAAACCAAUCAAGUCCUCAAACAUUUGCCAGCUGGAGAAGCUAGUUUUAUUAAACCUCCACUUCCACAGUACUUUCUGCAAUCAAGCUCUUUGUGCCACAUAAUGGGUGAAGGGGAAAAGGGCGAAGAUUGUGUUGCAUUUGGGUUAAAAAUAUACAUGCAUUUAGUUUAUAGAAAACUUUUGUAUAUUCUCGGAAAAAAGUUUUCAACAGCUUUCACUCAUUUAUAUUCAGUUGGGAAGUUUAUACCUGAUGUGAGUAAUUUAUUAAGACACAGGAGAAUCAAGCACUGAUAUCUAUACAAGCAGUUUGUGUGAGUUACCUGGAACAACGGGCCUCAGACUUUUAGGAAACCAUCAAACUCUAUAUAAUCCUAUUGUUAACAAGUCCAUGACCUUCUUCAAAAAAUGUAGUACAUUGUUACACAUGAAUGCAGUUCACAGACUUGUCAUUCUUUGUUGUCAUUAUAUUCAUACUCCAGGUUGGUUGUGUCUUCUGGAGUCAUUUUGUGUCCCGACAUUUUUAAGUUUUUGUUGCUGCACUUUUAAAUUUAGAAACACUGAAAGGCUUUGAAGCUUCUGAACAGUUCAGUUUCUCAUUAAGUUGUGUUAAAUUUUGUUUUCAGCAUGGCUGCACAAACUUAAAUUCAGUCCGGUCCUAUCUGUCAGUACAGUUGCAGAGAAAUGUCAAAAAUAAAUGUUGAAUCUCCCAAAAGUAAACAAACCCAAUAUUUUGAACUGGAGUAAACAGAGUUGUUGUCUGAGGAGAGAAAGAGCUAUAUUUUCCUUUUCAAAUGAUUUUUGCAGUAAACCCCGGCUUGAUGUAUAUUUUUACAUGAAAAAGUGGAAAUAAAUGAAAUUUCUGAAAUUA